UCAAUCACAAUGGCUCACACUUCUUCCCGAACUACUAUCGUAUUCAUUGUUGUUGCUUUGAUUUGUGCGUUCGUUCCUGCAUUCUCUGUUGAAGAAGCUGAAGCAAAAUCACUAUGGGAUACAUGUCUUCUUAAAAUCAGUCCAAAAUGUGCGUUGGAUAUAAUUAGUGUUGUCUUUGAAAAUUUAACCAUCACUGAUGCAUGUUGUCAUGAUCUGUUCAAGAAGGAAAAAUGUGUCUGA